AUGACAGACGCACAAACUCCCGCCUCUCCUGCAGAGACUCCAUCACCUGUAUCUUUGACAGAACCAAUUGAACGUAUUCCCACUGCCAUCUAUGACGAAAGAGAAGACCAAGAACCACUAUCGAGAGUAGAAACGACCCAAUCUCUUCAGAAUCUCGGAGUAUCUGAAGAGACACCAACACCUGACGCCAACUAUCCUGCAUUCCGCCCUCGGUCAGGACCCGAAUUCCCUGAAGAGUACACUUUGGAAACCCAAACUGGUCUUGUACCGGCACAAACUUUGGAACAAGUACGUUCUCGGGCUGGUGUUAGACCCAGAAGUGAAGACAUUGAGAAGAUUGCUAGCAAACCCGAUUUCGAAUUCGUCACUUUCAAGAUCGAUGAUCCUGAGAACCCUCAGAAUUGGUCAAAUGCCUAUAGAUGGAUGGUCACUGGAUUGGCAGCUCUACUAGUUGUAUGUGUGGCUUAUGGAUCUUCAAUUGUAACUGGUGGUCUGGGAUUAAUUAGCGAAAAAUACAAUGUGUCCUUAGAAGUUGCUAAUCUGACAUGUUCUAUUAUGGUUCUUGGGUUCGCUGUUGGUCCGUUACUGUGGAGCCCUUUGAGUGAAAUAAUAGGAAGGCGUCCAGUGUACGCUAUUUCCUUGGGUCUUUAUACCAUCUUCAAUAUCCCCUGUGCACUUGCUCCAAACAUUGGUGCUCUACUCGUAUGUCGCUUUCUUUGCGGUGUAUUCGCUAGUUCAGCCCUGUCCUUAGCAGGUGGUACAAUCGCUGAUAUCUGGUCUAAAGAGCAACGAGGAAUGGGUAUUGCUCUGUUCUCAUUUGGUCCAUAUAGUGGUCCUGUAUUUGGUCCGAUUGUAAAUGGGUUUAUUAAUGUCUCGACCCAUAGACUGGAUUUGUUUUUCUGGGUGAACAUGGCUUUUGCUGGGGUUGUGAUGCUUCUGAUUAUUUCAAUUCCUGAGACCUAUGCCCCCGUCAUUUUAAAGAGACGUGCCAAGCGCCUUAGAAAAGAAACAGGUAACCCUCUUAUCAUUACUGAACAAGAACAGGUUGAAAUGUCGCUCUAUGAAAUCAUUAACACUUGUUUGAUUAGACCCGUCAGAAUGAUUGCUACCGAACCAGUUUUGGAUUUGAUGUGCAUGUACGUUGUUCUUAUCUAUGCAAUGCUGUACGCCUUUUUCUUUGCUUAUCCAGUCAUUUUCCAGACCCUUUACGGUUACAACGAUGCAAUUGUUGGUCUUAUGUUUAUCCCCAUUCUCAUUGGUAGUGGCAUAGCUAUUGUUUUCACACCUUUUUGCGAAAAGAAGUACCAAGCUCUUUGUAAAAAGAGAGAUCCUACACCCGAAGAUAGACUUUUAGGAGCCAUGAUAGGUUCGCCAUUAGUACCAAUUUCAUUGUUUAUCCUCGGUGCAACCUCUUUCAAACACAUAAUUUGGGUGGGUCCUGCUUCAUCCGGUAUUGCCUUUGGUUUUGGUAUGGUUCUCUGCUACUACUCGGUGAACAAUUACAUUAUCGACUCUUAUCAAAAAUACGCUGCCUCGGCCUUGGCUGCGAAGGUUUUCUUGAGAUCAGGUGGUGGUGCUGCUUUCCCUUUGUUCACUGUCCAAAUGUACCACAGAUUGGGCCUUCAAUGGGCCAGUUGGUUAUUGGCUUUCAUAGGUGUUGCUAUGGUAUUUAUACCUUACGGCUUUUACUACUUUGGUGCCUCUAUCAGAGCAAAGCUUACCAGAACGAAGUAA